AUGAGUACACACACUGGAGAAAAAACGUUUUCAUGUUCAUUCUGCGGUAAAGAUUUUACUCAUAGGCACGAUUUGAAAAUACACAUGAGAAUACACACUGGAGAAAAACCUUUUUCCUGCUCAGAAUGUGGUAAAAGUUUUGUAACAAAUCAAAGUUUAAAAGCACACAUGGGAACACACACUGGAGAAAAACCUUUUUCAUGUUCAAUCUGCGGUAAAGGUUUAACUCAUAGGCAACAUUUAAAAAUACACAUGAGAAUACACACUGGAGAAAAACCUUUUUCCUGCUCAAAAUGUAGUAAAAGUUUUGUAACAAAUCAAAGUUUAAAAGCACACAUGGGAACACACACUGGAGAAAAACCUUUUUCAUGUUCAAUCUGUAGUAAAGGUUUAACUCAUAGGCAACAUUUGAAAGUACACAUGAGAAUACACACUGGAGAAAAACCUUUUUCCUGCUCAGAAUGUGGUAAAAGUUUUAUAAUAAAUCAAAGUUUAAAAGCACACAUGAGAACACACACUGGAGAAAAACCUUUUUCAUGUUCAAUCUGUGGUAAAGAUUUUACACAUAGGCCACAUUUGAAAGUACACAUGAGAACACACACUGGAGAAAAACCUUUUUCAUGUUCAAUCUGCCAUAAAGAUUUUACUCAAAGGGAGCAUUUCAAAACACACAUGAAAACACACACUGGAGAAAAACCUUUUUCAUGUUCAAUCUGCUGUAAAGAUUUUACUCGCAGGGACUAUUUCAAAACACACAUGAGUACACACACUGGAGAAAAACCUUAUACAUGUUCAGUAUGUUGUAAAAGUUUUGCACAAAGUCCGCAUUUGAAAAGACACAUGAGUACACACACUGGAGAAAAACCUCAUACAUGUUCAGUAUGUGGUAAAAGUUUUGUACAAAGUCCGCAUUUGAAAAGACACAUGAGAACACACACUGGAGAGAAAGUGUUGAGUUGCAGUGUGUGUGGUGAAAGAUUGUCUUCUAAGUACCAGUGUAAGAAACACAAGUGUGCUGGUGAGAACAGCAGCAGCAAAUGAAGAUGCAGGAUUUGUAAUAAGCUGUCUAAACUUUAACUUUGACUUUCUAACAACAUCAGCACAUAUAUUCUAACAUUUAUAGAUUAGAUAUUGUAGAUUAUUGCUUUUUUUCAGUCAAGUACACGUUUUAAUAUAGAACAUUGUGUACUUUCAUUUAAAAAUGAACACAACACUUUGACUGUAAAGGUGAGAAUAAACAGGACAAAACAUGUUACAAAUACUUUUUAUGUGUAUGGAAAUAUUCAGAAAUAUUUUUUAACUAUUAAUGAUGUUAUAGAUGAACUCCUUUAUAUGAUGUACAUAUUUGUUUUACAUGUGUUCAUACCUUUGCUUUUGAGUACACAU